UCAAGACUAGUGACAGGUUUCUCCCAGGAUGGUGCUGCCAAGGUCACCUGCAUGGCUUGGUCAUACAACAACGCCAAGUUCGCUGUCUGCACCGUGGACAGGGUCGUGCUUUUGUAUGAUGAGCAUGGAGAAAGAAGAGACAAAUUCUCUACCAAGCCUGCUGAUGCCAAGUAUGGCAGGAAGAGUUACGUGGUGAAAGGCAUGGCGUUCUCUCCUGACUCCACCAAAAUUGCCAUUGGACAAACAGACAACAUCAUUUACGUCUAUAAGAUCGGAGAGGAUUGGGGUGAUAAGAAGGUGAUCUGCAACAAGUUCAUUCAGACGAGUGCAGUCACCUGUUUGCUGUGGCCGGCAGAGAACAUCAUCGUCUUCGGACUCGCUGAGGGGAAGGUUCGGUUAGCAAAUACAAAGACCAACAAGUCCUCCACCAUUUACGGGACAGAUUCUUUUGUGGUCUCAUUAACCUCCAACGUGUCGGGGAAGGGGGUCCUGUCUGGCCAUGCAGAUGGAACCAUUGUGCGCUACUUCUUUGACGAUGAAGGCUCUGGUGAAUCACAGGGUAAAUUGGUGACACAUCCCUGCCCUCCCUAUGCACUCACCUGGGCUUCCAACAGCAUCAUAGCUGCAGGCUGCGACAAGAAGAUUGUAGCUUAUGGAAAAGAAGGCCACAUCAUUCAAACCUUUGAUUAUAGCCGGGACCCCACGGAGAAGGAAUUCACCACAGCAGCCACUAGCCCCGGGGGCCAGUCCGUCGUCAUAGGCAGCUACGACAGACUGAGGGUGCUGAACUGGAGUCCCCGCAGGAGUGCCUGGGAGGAAGCCAGACCCAAAGAAAUCGCACACCUUUAUACUAUCACAGCCUUAGCGUGGAAGAGGGAUGGCUCGCGCCUCUGUGCGGGCACCCUUUGUGGAGGCGUGGAGCAGUUUGACUGCUGCCUUCGCAGGCGCAUUUACAAGAAUAAGUUUGAAAUGACCUACGUGGGGCCGAGCCAGGUCAUUGUGAAGAACCUCUCCACAGGAACACGAGUGGUGCUGAAAUCCCACUAUGGCUAUGAGAUUGACGAAGUGAAGAUUUUGGGGAAAGAGAGGUACCUUGUGGCCCAUACCUCGGACACACUGCUGCUGGGGGAUCUGAACUCCAACAAACUCAGUGAGGUGGCCUGGCAAGGAUCCGGAGGGAACGAGAAGUUUUUCUUCGACAAUGAGAACGUCUGCAUGAUCUUCAAUGCCGGAGAACUGACGUUAGUGGAAUAUGGAAACAAUGAAAUUCUGGGAUCUGUCCGCACAGAGUUUAUGAACCCUCAUCUCAUCAGCGUUCGCAUCAAUGAGAGAAGGCAACGAGGGAUGGAGGAGAACAAGAGACUAGCAUAUCUCAUCGACAUCAAGACUAUCGCAGCAGUGGAUCUUGUUGGUGGCUACAACAUUGGCACCAUCAGCCACGACAGCAAGAUUGACUGGCUGGAGCUGAAUGAGACGGGGCACAAGCUUCUCUUCAGGGACAAGAAGAUGCAGUUGCAGCUUUAUGACAUCGAGAGCGGCACCAAGACCACGACCCUGAACUACUGCUCCUAUGUGCAGUGGGUCCCAGGCAGCGACGUGGUGGUGGCUCAGAACAGAAACAGCCUCUGCAUUUGGUACAACAUCGAUGCCCCAGAGCGAGUGACCAUGUUCCCGCUGAAGGGGGAUGUGGUGGCUCUGGAGCGGAGCAGUGGGAAGACUGAGGUGCUAGUGACCGAGGGGGUGAACACCGUGUCCUAUACCCUGGACGAGGGACUCAAAGCUAUACACACAAGGCCACUGAAAAGCUUUAAAUUUCCUCUGUCAGGACGGAUGCGGGUUCUGAACAGUGAGUGA